CCGGAAGCGCGGAGCGGGCGACUUCCGGUUGUGCGCGAGCCCCGAGCGGAGGCGAGCCCGCGAUCCUGCACCCCGACGAGACAAGAUGGCCGGGCUGCCCCGCAGGAUCAUCAAGGAAACCCAGCGCUUGCUGGCAGAGCCAGUCCCUGGGAUAAAAGCAGAACCAGAUGAAAGCAACGCACGUUAUUUUCACGUGGUCAUUGCAGGUCCACAGGAUUCCCCCUUUGAGGGUGGGACAUUUAAACUUGAACUAUUCCUUCCAGAAGAAUAUCCAAUGGCAGCUCCUAAAGUACGUUUCAUGACCAAAAUUUAUCACCCUAAUGUAGACAAGCUGGGAAGAAUAUGUUUAGAUAUUUUGAAAGAUAAAUGGUCCCCAGCUUUGCAGAUUCGUACAGUUCUGCUAUCAAUCCAGGCUUUGUUAAGUGCUCCCAAUCCAGAUGAUCCACUAGCAAAUGAUGUAGCUGAGCAGUGGAAGACCAAUGAAGCCCAAGCCAUAGAAACAGCCAGAGCAUGGACUAGGCUAUAUGCCAUGAAUAAUAUUUAAAUGCGCUUUGAACAUCAAGUGUGCAUCACUUCUCCUGUUCUGCCAAGACCUCUUCCUUUUUUGUUUGCAUUUAAUGGACACAGUCUUAGAAACAUUACAGAAUAAAAGCCCAGACAUCUUCAGUCUUUUGGUGAUUAAAUGCACAUUAGCAAAUCUGUGUCUUGUCCUAAUUCACUAUUGUAACGCAUGAGCAGAGGCUAGAAGUAUCAUCUGGAUUGUUGUGAAACUGUUUAAAAGCAGCAGCACAUCUCUGCUUUUAAUCCCAUCAUGGUUUAAGCAUAAGCACUGUGAAUGAAGGUAGGCAGGGUUAGCUGCGGGGCUUUUCGUUUUAAUUUUGUGGGCUCCUCCUCCCUUUUUAUGGUGAUGCUAAUUGCAUUGAUAAAAGCAGCUAACCAGUUAUACUUUAGAAUAUACCCUCUAGCCCAGUCUAACUUAGAUGCUGUAGAUGGACAAGCUUCAUUGUUUGAACAAAAAAAUGGGAACAUUAAACAUCCAUCACCUUCACUAAUAAUAUUGUGAUUCUGCUGUCAAGUGUAGAAAAAUCCCUCAGAGAAAAAGCUUGUGACCAUUUUGUAUGGCUUGUCUGGAAAAUCUCCUGUAAAUCUUAUGUUUUAGUAAAAUAUUUUUUGUUAUUCUACUUUGCCUUUGUACAGUUUAUUUUGCUGUGUUUUCAUUUCUCUAAUGUGACAAUCGUAUUUAAAAAGAAAAAACAAACAAACAUGGAAACCAGAAUUGACAAUUUGUCUGCUAGUCUGACAGAUUAAAAGAGUAAAGAGGUGGAAUUCACAGGAUGUUUUGCUUCUGUACGCUGACUUUUUUCAUUAGCUUGUGUUAUGUGGGUGACCUUACCUGUCCAAUUUAAUACAAAGUUACAUUUGGAGUGACUGGAGGCGAGAGGGAAAAAAAAUCUGUUACAAUUAUAAUCAUCAUUUGGAUAAUGCGUUGAUAUGCAUUGUCACGGAGAUGGAGUGUAAUCAAGUAGGAGGCUGAGAGCAAAGGUAGCAGUAAUUGUGAGUAUCUGCAUAACUUGUCUUUGAUUAUCAUCAGUUGUUACACUUUUCUAACUCAAAUUCCUGUCCUCUGUAAACGUGAGACCUACAAUGCACAGAAACAGUUGCAGCUAGCUUAUAUGUCAACGGGUUUGCUAACCAGGUCUAGCUAGCACCUCUUGCCACUGGUUUUAUCUACUGGCCUUAUGCCUUAUUAAGCUGUUUGCUUAAACAACCAGUCUGCGUCAAUAGUAGCAAUGCUUCUGACUUGGAGGGAAGGGAAUUUCGGUGCGAUGCUUCCUUCUUGUCCUUGUGUUUGAUGCGUGUGUCGUGUCUGGGAAUCCAGCAGCUUUUCUGGGAACCCAUCUUAUUACUUCCUAUAACUUCUUGUGUCUCUAUUCUCUUCCCAUGUUAGCUGCAACCUCCCAAAUACAGUUGUAAAAGCUUUUGGUGAGGCUGACCUGAAGUUUAUGAGUGACAAGUAGCUGUGGUUGCAGUGGGGAGUGCUGUUGUGCAAUUUGGAUUAUGAUCAUAUAGGCUACUGGUGUUCUCCCUCCUCUUUUUACCUCUUACUCUAGUAUCAGCUGAAAUCUCUAUAGAAUGUGGUCUAUUUACUGUGCUCCUAAGGGAGAUUAAGAGUAUCUAUUAAAACUGCUUUUUUUCCAGACAGAAUGCUUUCAGUGAUUGGUAACUGGUCUUCUCCCUUGGAGUACUCCAAGCGUGAUUGAAGCUUGGCUCAGAAUUCAACUUCAUGAUACGAAACAAACAAAACCCCUUAAAAGUAGUUUCUGUGUUGAACACGAGCCAAAGUUGCAUUCAGGGCUUGUAACAGGUUGCUCUUAGAAUGGAAGUGCUGCUGACCCUACCUUCAUGUUACAAAUGAGCAUGUGCUUGGCUUCGGCUGCUGUGUGUCCCCUAUAUGCUAUUAACACGGGCAGCUUUUGUGGCAGGCAGCUGAGAAUGCGUGAGCUGUGUGUGCAGUAGGCUCUGCAUUACCUUCACCUACCUCUUAAAGCUUGAUAUGGGCACUCCCCACUGGAUAAGGCUUGCCUCAGCUCUCUGAUGUAAGGAAGCACAGAGCUGCCGGGCGGUCAGAGCCCUGAGCAUCCCCUGUGAAUGUGGCUUUCUCCUCCUUUGGCAGAGAAGCAGGUUCUGAAGUGGUGUUUCACAGCAUGUGGCUUAAAACUAGGUGGGCUGAAUCCAGGGCAUUGGGCAGACGGUUGGUGCUUGUAAGUGCAUGGCUUAAACCUGGCUGGAGCUGGCUGUUGAGAUGAGAAUGUAAUUAAAGCUGUGAGUAAGUUCUUGAUGGAAUAUUGUUAAUAUAUAAAUAGAAAUCCUCUGCCCCCAUUUGUUAGUAACCAAAUUAAGUGCAUUAUAGUCCAGUUUGAAUACACAGUAGCUGGUAUGUGUCUGGGUUAUUUAUUUUUUUCUCUCUUUUACUGUUAUUUUUAGUAUCUCAACAAAUUGGAGAAUUACAGCAGUCCAUACUGUCAGUUUGAAUUUGUGAGUCAGUAGUAGUGGUGUAUCUAAUGGUAUAAAAGGACAAGCCAGAUACUGUAUUUCAAAACUGUUUUGGAUAUUCUCAAGUGAUGGUUGUGAUGAAAGGAAACUUUAAACAGGCUUCCUAAAAACCGAAAUUCCUGUUUGUUGUGGGAUCUAUUCAGGUAUGUUUUAAUCCUUCAAAAUUUGGCAUUUUAUGUAUGCGUGUAUAUAUAUAUAUGUAAUAUAAACCUGAUUUAAGAGCUGUGUAUAAAGUCAACCUGGAAAUUUUAUUCUAUGUUGUGUUGAGGAAUGUGAGUUUUAGACUAAAUUAGAAUCGUAGAAUCGCAGAAUGGUUUGAGUUGGAAGGGACCCUUGGAGGUCGUCUAGCCCAACUCCCUGCAACAAACAGGGAUUCUCUGAAGCCAGGUAGAUGGGGCUUUGUCUUUUUCCCCUCAGCUUAGCAGGUGUGUAUAUUUACAGGCAUUAUCUGAACUUGAGGUUACUUCUGUCACGUGUACCUUUACAGCUGGUUAGCAAAUGCUGCUCUCUCUUAGGGAGUGUUCGUUCUAGCUCCAUUUCUAGUGGCCAUUGGGUAAACUUACAGCAAAUGUACAAUAAGUGGGCUUCCUCUGCCAUUACUGGUGCUAUGUGUCGUGUCCUGGAAUCCUCAGUGAGAGCACUGACAUUGCAUCUGGUCAGUUUCUGGAUAGCGACUGCUUCUGUUGAGCCUGGAUUAUCAAAUGGACUCUAAAACCAUGCAUACAGAACACGGCUGUGGCAAUUUCCUUUAGCUCAAGAGGGAAAGGAGGCUUUGGGAGGCUUUUGUCUUUGCAUAAACGUUCGGUGGUUGUCUCAACAUUUGGCCGCGUGCUUUCAUGGGUAUGAAGUGUUUCAUCACUGGGAUCUGGCGUUUGUGCGGUAGCUGACUUUAGUUUAAAACCGGUGAAAUGUUGCUUCUGUAGCUUUCGAGAAAGUGUAUUUCCAACAUGGAGAAUAUUGUGAAACAUCUUACUGGGUUAGUAACAUACGGAAUUGUGACAUCUCAAUUUAUGUACAUUCUGUGGGGUUUUUUUUUCCUUUUGUUUCUUUUUUGGUUUUGUUUUCUUUUUUUGAGGGUUACAUUUAAAGUAAAAUGUCUGGUAGGUUUUGUCAAUAACAUGUCUUGACUGUAAUGUAAUAUGACACUGAAAUAAAAGGAAGAGUGAUUAUUCA